AUGUCUUACUGCCCACCCCAGGACUGUAUUCCCGAUAUAUGCCCACGCCCAUAUAUUGACGUCCGCAACGAGCCGUGUAUCUCAUCAUGCGGAGAUUCAACUGCAGUGGUCUAUGCACCACCAGUUGUUGUGAGAUUCCCAGGACCAACUAUGGCUACUUGUCCUCAAGACAGCUUCGUAGGAACCUCCUUACCAAAUAUGCCAAUUAGAGCUGGGGGCUCAUAUGGUUCCGGUGGAGGUUUCAGUGGCUCAAUCACUUCUGGGGGUAGUUACAGUGGUGGUUUUGGAGGAGGUUACAGUGGUGGCUAUGGGGGAGGUAACAGUGUUGUUUAUGGGGGUGGAGCCGGGGGUGGUUAUGGCGGAGGAGCUGGGGGUGGUUAUGGGGCUGGUUAUGGAGGCUCAUACGGUUGUGGGGGCUCACGUGGUUAUAUCAGGAAGUCAUAUCGUAGCAUUUCUGGGGGAGGAUAUUCUGGAUUCAACCGUGGAAACUGUGGGCCAUGUUAAACCCAGAAAUACCAUCCAUGGAAUGAGGAACAAUCAGGGAAUGACAAGAUAGAGAUUUA